CUCCUUUCCAGACUCUAAAGACCAGUAUCCAGACUUCCCUUUCAAGAAUGGAGGCGUGGCCGGCGCCAUCGAGCUGAAGCGGCCCGUCGGCGCUCACUGCCACGGCGCCAAAGCUCUGAAGUGUGAGGACGGCGGGGACAGACUGCUGGCCCAGAAGAAACUCUACAUCGCCUCAGCCGUCUGCCUCGUCUUCAUGAUCGGAGAGGUCAUAGGAGGCUACCUGGCCCACAGCUUGGCCAUCAUGACGGAUGCGGCGCACCUCCUGACAGAUUUCGGCAGCAUGAUGGUGAGCCUGUUCUCGCUGUGGAUCUCGUCCAGACCGCCCACCAAAACCAUGAACUUCGGCUGGCACAGAUCAGAGAUCCUCGGGGCGUUCGUCUCAGUCAUCUCCAUCUGGAUUGUGACGGGGGCUCUGGUCUAUUUAGCCAUCGAGAGGAUCAUACGCAACGACUACGAGAUCGAUGGCCAUGUGAUGCUGGUCACCUCCGGGUGCGCCGUCAUCGUCAAUAUCAUCAUGGCCUACAUCCUCCACCACUCCACCACCUUCCACUCCCACGGCAGCGGUUACCACCAGAUCGACGAGGACGGCCACAGUCCCGUCUCUCACGGCCACGGCCACUCCCACUCACUCCUCGGUGGCCAUAGCAACACGAGCGUCCGGGCCGCCUUCAUCCAUGUGGUCGGAGAUCUGCUGCAGAGCGUCGGCGUCAUGGUGGCAGCGACCAUCAUCUACUUUCGACCCGAGUAUAAAAUUGCAGAUCCCAUCUGUACGUUCCUGUUCUCCGUCUUUGUCCUCUGCACCACCGUCACAAUCCUCAGAGACGUCUUUAGGAUACUACUGGAAG